AUGUCUGAUCCAAGCUCAAACAUAAACAAUGAGUCAGGGAAAGAUCCUGCUUCCCAUGAUCCAGCACAGCCGCAAGAGUCUUCAUCAUCGCCGUUAUUGCAGCAAUCAUCACCCCACGUGAGAUACGAAUCCAACAAUACUGAUCAAGAGAGUGUACCCACAUCCAUCACCGUCAGCCAAUGCAGCUCUAUAUCAAAUGAACUAACACCAUUACUCAGCGCCAGAGAAGUGCCGCAAUCGUCUCUUUUUCGGAAACUAUUUAUUCCGCAUUGGCUUCAUGCCGUUUUCGUUGCUACAAUUAUAUUCAUUGGCUUGACCGUAAUCACAUUCAACAAUAUACAAUCAGUAGUCAACGAUGCCAUUGACCUACGGGUGCAUAAUGCUACAUUUGCCAAUUUUACGAGUCAGGGAGUCAAUGUCCAUGUACAAGGAUCAGUUGAAAUGAAGUACCAUUUGAUGCGGACCAAUUUCGUGCAAGUUGCCAUGAUCAAAACUGGCGCUUUUGUGUUGGGGGCUUUGAAGCUCCUGCUGAAGAAACCGGUACAACUACAUGUCCAGUUGGUUGAUUUGAAAAGCCCAUUUCUUUACUUGGCGGAUACGAGCCCUCCGCCGAUCACGAUACAUGUUGGAAACAGAGCUAAAACCGAGUUGAAUUUUGUAACUGAGUGUACGUUUGGCAAUACUGAGUUUUUGGAUUUCUUGAAAUACUAUUAUCAGUUGACUGGUGAUGAUAUAAACUUGAGAGUUAAAAUGAUUGCAGAGGAGGUCAAUGUAAACACAUUGAGGCUAUUGAAUUUGAAGUUGUACAAUGUGGAAGUGAGUGAUUAUUUGACGAUUAGCAAAAAGGACUUGAAAAGUGGAUUAAAGAUUAAUCAAUUUGGUGUCACUUCACCGAAAGCAAAUACCAUAAACUUGUCAGCUCAAUUGGAACUACCAAACCAAUUUGGAGUGUCUUUGGACUUGCCAACAUUGAAAUGGGGUAUUUUGUUUAGUGAUUGCGAUUCCAAUUUGCUCAGAGUUGGAGAGUGGAGAACAUUACCUACUCAGGUGGGCAAAGACUGUCCAGUUAGGGUUAAUGUUGAGGGAGUUGUUAUGGAUGUGCCGACUGAAUUAAUGGAUGAUUGUAGAGAUCUGGUGAGCCCUAUUAAUUCAUUGAUUGAUCAAUAUUUGAGGGAGAAACCGAUAAAGUUUUACCUACAAUUGAGUCUGGACCAGACGUUUGAUGAUGUGCCUCAUGACUUGCGCUGGAUAUUUGACACUUUGCAACGCAUACCGCCGGCUGAAUUAGCCGUGCUACUACCGAGAAUCAACCUUGCUAGUGAUAUAAGUGUCAAGUUAAGUGAGUUGGCUAUGAAUUAUACAGGUGGUAAAAGUGCAGAAUGGCUAAUGCAAGACGGUCUUGCGAUUGCUGGAAAUGUGAGGGGAAACUUUUCGAUAAAAGCCAACGCUCCUGCCUCUUUAGAAGUUGAUGUUGAGAGGUUAAAGUUUAAUGUCAGCUUGGGGUCGAGUAACGCCACAUUGAUGCAAGGUUGGUCAAGAGACUUUGUGUUGCUUCGAACUGAGCACACAAAACAUCAUGUCAGUGCCGAUGUAAGUGUGUCGGACUUUGAUGUGAGUAUAACUGACCCCGUGUUUCUUGGCAGAGUUGUGAAUGAUGUAAUCAACAGAGAGGACAAGAGCAAUUUCCUCAAUGACGAUGUGUAUCUCAAUAUAAGUUUGUCUCAAGUGGAUAUGAGUUUGCCAAUUGUUGGAAAUGCCACAUUGAAAGAUUUGAAUGUUCCAUUUGUCAAAGUACCGAAAGCACUAAGCCUAUUACAAGAAGUCAGUGGUUUAAAAUUUGGCUCGGUUAUCCACGAACUAGAUGUUUCAAUCGAGGAAGUUUACUUUUUAAGUUCUAGUGAGCAUGAAGCAGAGUUUCAAGUAUUGGUGUCCUUGUAUAACCCCUUCAACAUAUCGAUGGAAAUCCCGCCUGUACCUGAUCAACAAAUUAUGGUUGGAUUUGGCCAAAACAAGACCAAGUUUGGAUAUGCUAGUUUUGGGCAGGUUUCAUUAACUAAGCAUGAACGAUCAGAGUUGGAAGUCAAUGUUAAAUUCCAAUAUCAAAGUUAUUCUGAUAAAUUAUUUUUACAAGACUUUGUUAGUGUUUAUAUAUCGUCAUUCACCAAGGACUUAUCAAUUGAUUUAACCAAUAAUUCAGUCGUUGGUAAUCCUGGCCUUGAUGCAUUCAUGAGUCAGGUUAAGGUGCAAGAUAUCACCAUGCCCAAUGUGUCAUUCACAAUCCCUGAAUAUAGUGUGGGAGAGAAGAAAACUGUACUGUUACGCGAGUCUCCACGACAGCAGCAACGGCAGCAGCAGAAGCAAGAUGCGGGCGCGUUCAUCAUUGAAACUACAAUCCAUCUAUUCACUUCAGAAAUUGAGUUGAAAAUCUACAAUCCCAUCUCCAACGCUGAAGUAAGGCUAGAAGUGUUUCAAGCAUUUGCCAAACACGAAGAUGUUGUGCUUGGCUACACGAGUCGGCGUGAGGUUAUUGAUAUACAACCGGGGUUCUACGUGACGCCACGAAUACCAAUAAAGAUUGAGAAUGGUGCUGCUUCUGAUAUUUUGAAACGGGCAUUGAAUGGGGAUUUGAGUAUUGAUGUAAUGGCUGAUGUGAAUGUAGGGUUUGGAUUGUUUGAGUUACGAUUGAUUUACAAGGGGAAACAGUUGGUAUCAAAGAUUAGAUUGUAA